UGGCUCUGUCAGUCGGCGGCGCCGGCCGCGCUGAUUGGUGCGCUGGGCGCGCGCCGGUCGGUGGGCGGGGCCUGGCCGCCGGAAAACUCGCGCUCAAAUCAUAAUCAAUUGAGGUGCAAACGCGUUUUUCUGCGCGCCGCCGCCGACACGGCCGCUCGGUGUCAGUACCUGUCCGGAGGCCAGAGCGCGAGCACCGGCAGCGGCGGCACCACCGAGCGAGCCCAUUGGUCCCCCGGCAGCGGCAGCGGCAGCGGCAGAGCGGGCGGCGGCGACAGUCGGCCGCCGCGAGUCAGCGCGAGAAGAGAGUUGGGAGAGCGCAGCGGCGUGCGGAGAGGAGACACGGCGCGACAGGAGACGUCCGCGGGCGGAGACACGGAGAGAAUGUCUCAGUUCGCCAUCAGCACUGCCUCACCGGGGCCGCACCUGGCACCGCCCCUGGCGACCUCGUCGCCCCUGGCGGCCAGUCCUCCGGGCGCCAAAUGCUGCGACACGGGCCGUGUACUGUACACGGAUCCCGUGACGGGCCACUCUGUGUGCUCGUGUCAGUACGGCGCUCCGAGCAGCCACCACCUGCUGGCGUACCAGCGACUGGCCUCGGCCGGCCUGCCGGGACUGAUGUACGGCUGCGACUCAGCCUACCUGCAGGCGCUGCAGGCGCAGGCGCAGGCACCCCCGGCUCCGGGUAAGGAGAGCUCUGUGCCUCUGGCGCCUCCGACCCUGGGCGCGCCCGGCUGGCCGUACGGACUCUACUACCCGUACGGAGAGGCGGCACUCUCACCUUACGGACUAUCGGCUGGGUAUGGAUUCGGUCUGGACGGUUCGCGGAGGAAGAACGCCACCCGCGAGACUACCUCCACCCUGAAGGCGUGGCUCAACGAGCACAAGAAGAACCCCUACCCCACGAAGGGUGAGAAGAUCAUGCUGGCCAUCAUCACCAAGAUGACGCUGACCCAGGUGUCGACGUGGUUCGCCAACGCCCGCCGGCGACUGAAGAAGGAGAACAAGAUGACCUGGGAGCCGCGUAACCGGACCGAUGACGACGAUGGUGAUUCCGAUGCCGAAGUCGCCAAGUCGGACGAUGACACCAAACCAGAAAGAGAAGGUUCCCCCGCUGACCCGGCCGAAGACCGCGCCAGUCCCUCCGCGGAGGAGGAGGCUCAGUCGCCCGUGAAGCCCAGGAUCUGGUCCCUGGCCGACAUGGCCAUGUCUGGCUCCUCACCAGCGUCUCGCCUGCCUCCCCUCGGACCUGCCUUCCUGCCGACCCUGCCCGGCGGCGGGAAGCUUCUUCUGCCGUUCCCUCGGCCCCACCACGCGCUGCCGUACGGACGACCCGAGUCCUCUGGCCGGGCACCGCCGCCGCCGCCGCCCCCGCCGGCCGCCGUCCGGUCACCGUCCCCAGACGGGUCAGCGGCGGGAGACAGUGACAGGGCGUAAUGUCACGGAGCGCAGCACAACUGUGGACAGCAGGGAUGUAACCAAAUCACACUGACGGAACGCCUGGGGAUCGGUCGGUGCGCGAGUGAGAGAGGUGCGCCCCAGGGGCGCCACAGCUGCUUUAAUUUAUUGUGCUUGGACAGCCUCCGCGGUGCUGGGAGGGGAGUGUGUCCCUUCCGUGGGGGCAGAGCAGUCCAUGUUGUUGUUUUCUGAACUGGAUGUCGUCACUGGCGCCGUCUCAGUUCCACCUACUAGCCAAAUCAAAAGCAGCAUUAGUGUGCACGUCACUGUUGUCUUUUCAUAGCGGUUUAUGCAUUGUCCUCGCAAGAUAUUGCGGAAGAUAUUAUUCGCAUCUGUUUAGUGUAUCGCUCCUGAAUUGAACGCUAGGACUGCUACAUGGUCUGUGAUAAUGAAUAUGUUGCGUUUGUUCUGCUGCUCUUCAGCAGGUCAACUAUCUUUGUGCCUCUGAUAUGAUGUACCCGGUCUUCAAACCGUCUCAGCAAGAAUUCGUUGCAGCUUAGCUUUGUUUGGCUUUUACUUUUCUCGGUAUUGCCAAGGCAGCACAACUUUGUGUUCAAAUAUUACACGUAUCUUAUGACAUAUAGCUCCAUGUGUGUAGCGGACAUGAAAUAUGGUUACGUUAGGAGCAGUAACGCAUGACGUUCAUUCCACGUAUCAAAUGUUGUGUGUUCUUGUAAAAACACAUAUUCAAGUUCCUUGUAAAUAAACCUCAUAUGUUGUUUUCAA